AUGAGUGGACCCCCCGCGACGCCAUCCUUGUGGCAGGAGGCUCGCAAUGCGGACGGAAGACCGUACUACUACAAUGUUCAAACCAAGGCUACGCAAUGGCAAAAGCCCUUGGAAAUGAUGACACCCGUCGAGCGAGCUCUGUCAAACCAGCCAUGGAAGGAAUAUACCGCUGAAGGUGGGCGGAAAUACUGGUACAAUACGGAGUCCAAGCAAAGCACUUGGGAAAUGCCCGAUGUUUACAAAACCGCUUUGGCACAGGCACAACCCCCUCAGGCCCCUGCAGCAGCUGCCCCCACGUUUGUCGCAGGUGGCGGCAGUUCGUACCCCUCCUAUCCUCAACAGCGUGAGCGCGACGACUAUGACCGAGGUUACGGUGAUCGACGUGGUGGCUACGGACAAAGCGAUGUAAACGGAUUCGUUGCUGCAUCCAUACCGGGAACUGCGCAAACGGAGCCUGAAUACGGCUCACUUGAGGAGGCUGAAAGCGCGUUCAUGAAGAUGCUCAAACGCCACAACGUGCAGGCCGACUCGACUUGGGAACAGACGAUGCGUACCGUCAUUAAGGAUCCUCAGUACCGGGCUCUGAAAGAUCCCAGAGACCGCAAAGCAGCUUUUGAAAAAUAUGCGGUCGAGGUUCGCAUGCAGGAAAAGGACCGAGCGAAAGAAAGAUUCGCUAAGCUGAGAGCAGAUUUCAAUACAAUGCUGAAGCGCCAUCCUGAAAUCAAGCAUUACAGUCGCUGGAAGACCAUUCGGCCAAUCAUCGAGGGCGAGACGAUCUUCCGGUCUACAAGCGACGAAAACGAGAGGCGCCAGCUCUUCGAAGAGUACAUUCUCGAGCUCAAGAAAGAGCACCUCGAGCUGGAGUCUGCCAGCCGCAAAGCUGCCAUGGAUGAGCUCGUGAAUAUCUUGAACUCGUUGGACCUGGAACCCUACACGCGUUGGUCCGAGGCGCAGGCCAUCAUCCAGUCCAACGACAAGGUCCAAAAUGACGAUAAGUUCAAGUCCUUGAGCAAAUCUGAUAUUUUGACAGCAUUUGAGAAUCACAUCAAGUCUCUUGAGCGAGCGUUCAACGACGCGCGCCAGCAGCAAAAGGCCGCCAAGGCCAGAAAAGAACGGCAUGCUCGUGAACAGUUUGUCGACCUGUUGAAGGAACAACGAUCGCAGGGUAAAAUCAAGGCUGGCAGCAAAUGGAGCAACCUCUACCCGGCGAUCCGUGAGGAUCCCCGUUAUCAGGGCAUUCUUGGUAACUCCGGCUCUUCCCCGCUGGAUCUCUUCUGGGACGUGGUCGAGGAGGAAGAGCGAACGCUGCGAGGACCUCGAAAUGAUGUUUUGGAUGUUCUUGACGAUAAACGGUACGAGGUCACCGCCAAAACCACUUUUGAGGAGUUCAACACCGUUGUCGCUGGUGAUCGCCGAACAGCCAACAUGGACCCCGAAAUUCUGGAACUGCUCUUCCAGCGCAUUCAAGACAAGGCAAUUCGAAGAACUGAGGAAGAAAAGCACGCAGCGGAUCGUCACCAGCGACGCGCUGUCGAUGCUUUGCGCUCCCGGAUUAAGCGUCUAGAACCCCCUAUCCGGGCCACAGAUACUUGGGACCAAGUACGACCUCGUCUUGAAAAGUUCGAGGAAUACAAGACCAUCGAGUCCGACGAGGCCCGCCAAUCCGCCUUCGAUAAGGUUAUUCGCCGUCUGAAGGAGAAAGAAGAAGACGCCGACCGGGAUCGGGACUCACGCGACAAAGAUCGCGGAAGCCGCCGUGACUACGACCGCGGCGACCGGGAUUACCGGAGCGGAACAUCCUACAGAGGCGAAAGACGGGGAGCUUCCAGUCGACACAGCCGAACCCCCGAGCCAGAUGCUUACGAGGCAGAUCGCCGCAAAGCCCAGGCAGACCGGGAACGAUCGUACCGCAAGGCGAGCGGCUUAUCUCCAGUCCGCGAGCGACGGGAGGAACGCGAUCGCGAGCGAGACCGCGACAGGGACCGUUACCGUGAGCGUGAGCGCGAUCGGGACUGGGAUCGAGAAAGAAGCUCCCGCUCUCUCAGCCACUUCGGACGCGGUGGUCGAGACCGAGAAGACGAGCGCGAGCGGCUGUAUCGCGCCCGCGGUGAUCCGCGUGGCAAUCGCGACGAGCUCGAUUACGGUGCCGACACUAAAAGCACCGUCAGCAACGACCGCCGGCGCAGACGGGACAGCGAUGCUGAGAGCGUCGCCAGUCGCUCCGCCAAGCGGUAUCGCCGCGACAGCCGAGAACGAGAGCGCAGUCGGGGCGCCAGGAAAGACCGGGAACGUCGCGAACGAACCCCGGCUGCUGGCACUGAUGAAGCUAAGAAGGAAGAGAAGGCCGUACACUCUGGUAGCGAAGAGGGAGAAAUCGAGGAGGAUUAG